CCGGGAUAGCCAUUCCGAACACUUGCCAUGGCUCCAUGAGGCGUUAUGUCUGAGGCAGCGCUUCAGGACGACCCUGUCGUCGAACUCAAAGAGCGGCAACAGGCCACUGUCAAACAACCCGAGAAGCAGAUGGAAGACGAGGCGCUGACUAGACAGCAGGUCUAUGAUUUUCUGGUGUCAGAAAGGGAUAGAGUUCGCUUCUGUGGAACGUUGCCCUUGACACUGUUGAUCUGGUUCAUCUUCACACUGACUGCCUGGACUCAUGGCAACGUUGAGCGAACUAGCCGUGCACAAAGUGUCAUCAGGGAGUCCAUUGACCGGAUUGAGGUGAGCCACCAGAUCUCUAUGUUGCAGGGGCAAGCUGUUGUGAAGAGGAUACGUCUUCACAAUAUAAGCAGUGCAGAUGAGGUGUGGACUUGGUUGAUCCAUGGAUUUGUACCUCUAAUCGCUGGAAGCAACGAAGAGCCCGGUGUGGUCCGGAAGUUUAACCAGGUCAUUCGCCCCGGCAUCCAGCUGCGGCAAAAGCGAGUCUCAGGUGGCGAUUGCCCUGUGGUCGAGGAAUUGCGAGAGUAUUUCAGGGCAGAGUGCCGAACUUCUGAGCGGUUGCCAAGCAGAUUUGGCCCUGAGGUGAACAACACUGGAGCUGCGGUAGACCGUUCCUUCAUCGCUGGCGGUGGCAUUGAGGUUGCAUCCAUGGCAUUGAACGAUCCGGCAGAGGAGCUUUUCUUCGCAUUCCUCAGAAUUUCGCGCCUGCAGAAUGAUUCCAGUCAAAUAGAAGGCAUUCUGAGGGCGCAGGAGCUGCAGCGGCUACAGUGGAUCGAUGACGCCACAGACGCGUUGCAGAUCUCCUGCACCUUGCUGAAUCCGGACAUCGGUAGCUACAUCCAUCUCCAGUUGAAGAUCAACUUUGUUCGUGGUGGACUUGUGCAGCCUCUGAUGGAAGUGCGGCCUUUGCAAACCCAAGUCUGGCACAAUGCCCUUGAGAUCGUCGUGGAUGUGAUUUGGGGCUUGCUCAUAAUCCUCCUCACCAUUUUGGCCUUUCAGGAGGUCUUCGAGGAAUCUGGUAGCUGCUCACAGCGCUGCUGUGGCAAUUUUUGGUUGCUGGUGGACUGGACCUUUAUUUUGGUGGGUUUGACGCUCAUUGGCUUCUUUUUUGUCUACAAUGCUGGGAUGGAAGGCCUAGAUCAACAUGUGGCAGAGCUGCCGGUGGCUCUCUCUGAGUAUGUGGCGACCACGACGAUGCCCAUUGCUCCAGAAAUCCAGGAAGAAUUGGCGCGGAAUCAGGCCAUCUCUGAAGAGGGCUGGCAGGCCCAAUUCCAGGAAGAUCUGGAGUUGAUGGUGUUCCUGAAGGUGUACCAUCGGCUAGGGAUGUUUUGGUAUGUCGGGUUGAUUCUCCUUCGUUUCUUCCGUGGAUUCGCUGGGCAGCCACGCAUUGCGACAAUUGGGCGCACCAUUGGCAGAGCUGCUGCGGAUAUUGGGCAUGUAGGCUUCAUGGUGACCAUUGCACUGUUCAAUCUCAUCCUUGGAGGCCAUCUCCUUUUUGGCCCAGAGCUUGAAGCAUGGUCAUCCUUGGAGAAUGCUCUGAUGACGACGAUCAUGAUCCUCUUUGGCCAGGGAGACAUCGGCGCAAUGUACUUGAUUGCUCCCGUAUCAACUCUGAUUUGGGGCCUGAGCUACGUGAUUUGUAUCAUCGUCAUGCUGAUGAGCAUGGUCACAGCCAUUCUCAUUGCGCACCACCGCGAGGUUCGCAAGAAGAGAGGGCGAGCGCAGCUGACCUUGCCUCACCAAUGCUUUCUGAUGUUUGAGGACUUCGUGUGGAAGCGGAGCUAUGAUGUGCGGAGUUUGUUGCGCUUCAUGCGGUCAAGGGCCGGACCCAAAAGCAAGAUCUUGCGAGCGCUGCCUGUGCUGAAGCCCGAAACAAAGCGCAUCAGAAGUAUCCCGUACGAUGCCUUGAUUCAGUACUUUCAGUCAGAAGACCACGGACAAGAGUCAGUACCACCUGGCUGGGCAACUGUGAAGAAGGAAGAUUUUUACAAGUUUGGGGUUGACUCUGCAACUACAGCUCGAAUUAUGAGAAAAUGCGCAGCUGCUACCAGCAACAGUCCCGAUCAAGAGAUGCCGGUGAUGCGACUUUUUGAGGAGUUUCAAGCGUCAGUGCAAGAGACGUGCCAAGUUCUGGACAUUACUGGAGAAGAGCUCAAGACUUGGGUUGCAGAACGACGUGUGGACAUGGCCAACGUUGAGCCACGACAGCGCAAGCUGGAAGCAUUGUCGCGUCAAUUGGAGCCAGCAGAACCCAUGUUCGGCUUGGAGACGCACUAUGAAGAAACUCCGGCUUUGGAGGGCCCAGCGGCUGGCGAAGCCAUCGCUGAUGCACCACGCUGAAGGCGAAUCGAGAAUUCAGCUGCCAGAAGCCAAAGAGGCCUUUUGAAGGUUGACCAUGCAGUGGCACUAGCGAAGUCGCGCGAUCCGAGCAGCUUUUGCUGAGU